AUGAAGAAAAUGGCAGCAGCCGAGAGUAUGGAGGCAGAGAUAUGCAUCAACCGGGAGAUUCCUCCUGGGCUGUUUCCUGCCGUCAAAGGCACAGACGAUUUGAUGGCAGAAGGGGAUAUAAUGAGUUUAUUGGAGAGCAUCAAGAAGACAGAGGGAGGAUCUGGGGAGGUGAGUGUUGAGGACAAGAUGGACGAGAUUUUCGCCAAGCUUGAGAAGAGCCAGGUGCUGCUUAUUCAGGGAGACACUGGGUGCGGAAAGACGACAAAGAUUCCAAAGUAUCUUCUUAGGAAGUAUGGAAAGAUAGUCUGCUCGCAGCCCAGACGAAUAGCCGCAGUGAGCAUUGCAAAGAAGGUUGCAGUGGACAUGAAGGGGAAGAUAGGAGAAGAUGUCGGGUAUUCUAUAAGAUUUGACGACAUGUCGAGUGGAAGAACAAGGCUCAAAUAUGUGACCGACGGGGUUCUUCUGAGAGAGAUAAAGAACGACAAGCAUCUUAAGAAGUACGAUGUUGUGAUUAUUGACGAGGCACACGAAAGGAGCGUCAACAUAGAUAUUCUUCUGGGAUAUCUGAAGUCGAUUCUUUCUGAGAGGAAGGAUCUCCGGGUGGUUAUAAUGAGCGCAACACUCAACUCCGAGAAGUUUGCAUCUUUCUUCAGGUGCCAGACGGUCGAGAUUCGCCACAGAAUGUUUCCACUGGAGAUAUUUUUUCUGAAGAAGUCGGAUGUCGCGGACUAUGUGGACGAGGCGAUGAAGACUGUGGUCCAGAUCCACAGGGGCGAAGAGAGUGGAGACAUCCUUGUGUUUCUGACUGGAAGGGACGAAAUAAACAGCGGGCGUGAAAUCCUCAUGGAGGUUCUUGGAAACGACGCCGAGGUGUGCUGCAUAUACAGCACCCUCUCUCCUGAAGAGCAAGAGGCCGUCUUUAGGAAGACAAAGAAAAGAAAGAUAGUCCUUGCAACGAAUAUUGCAGAGACGUCGAUAACAAUCGAGGGUGUGAGGUAUGUUGUUGACAGCGGAAGGGCUAAGCAGAUGAGGUACUCUGCAUCCUUCGGGAUGGACAUACUGGAGGUGGUAUGGAUUUCGAAGGCACAGGCCAAGCAGAGGGCCGGAAGGGCGGGGAGGACGCAGGCUGGCAAAGUGUUCAGAAUGUACUCGAAGGAGGAGUACCAGAAAAUGGACGACAAUACGACUCCCGAGAUCUUCUGCUGCAACCUUGGGAAGAUCGUGCUGGAGCUGAAGUCGAUUGGGGUGGACGACAUUGUGAACUUCAACCUCAUAGACAAGCCGGAUGCCUCAAACGUGAAGAAGGCUCUGGAGAUGCUGUACUAUCUCAGAGCCAUAGGGGGCGACGGAAAGAUAACAUCUAUUGGAGUCAAAGCAUCCACAAUUCCCCUGGAUCCUGAGCUGGCGGUCUCGUUGAUUGUGUCCUCUGAGCUUGGGUGCCUCGAGGAUGUCUCGAUUAUAGCAGCGAUGCUGAGUGUAGGGAAUGUGUGGCUGGACGUCCCGAGGUACAGCCAGUCCUACAAGGCGUUUCUCGGUGCAAGGGCCGCACACUUCGAUAAGAGGGGAGAUCAUUUCUUGCUUCUUAAGAUAUAUCGGAGAUGGGAGAAGACGGGGUUUAAGAUAUCACACCUGAAGAGAUGGUUUCUGAAUGUCAAGACGAUGCUCCAGACUGUGAAGAUAAAGAAGCAGCUGUGCUCCAUGUUCAGGUCGCCGUGCAAGUCCGACGAGAGCGGGAUUCUUCCGUCGCUAUGUGCAGGAUACUUCAUGAAUGUCGCCAAGCUUGUUGGGGAAUCGUAUGUCUCAAUAUUCAACGACACCCCCUGCUUCAUUCACUACACCAGCUGUAUGUCGAGACAGAAUGCAAAGUACAUUCUCUACCACACCCUGUGCAGGACUGGAAAGGAGUAUGCAAGAUACUGCGUGGGGGUGACCCUGGAAGAUCUUCUGAAGGGAGCAAACCACAUGUUUGCCAAGGUUCGGAAGACUGAGAAAUAG